UCCCACAAUUCAGUGCGAAAACGACGCGUGGACGGCCAUAUUAGAACAGGAGAGGUCGAGGAGAAACACAGAUAGUUGAUCAUGGCAUACAGGGGUGGUAUUCCUAAUGAUAGCAGAAUUUACGUUGGAAACCUGCCACCAGAUAUCAGAACACGUGAUAUCGAAGAUUUGUUUUAUAAAUAUGGUAAAAUCGUUUUCAUCGACCUGAAAAACAGACGAGGUCCUCCUUUUGCGUUCGUCGAGUUCGACGAUCCCAGAGAUGCAGAAGAUGCUGUACAGCAAAGAGAUGGGUAUAACUAUGACGGCUACACACUGAGGGUGGAAUUUCCUAGAGGCACAGGACCAGGACAGAGCAGGGGUGGAAUUGGCCCUGGGGGUGGCGGCGGUGGUGGAGGUCGUGGUGAUGGUGGCGGAGGAAGGAGGCGAGGUGGACCUCCAUCAAGGAGAUCAGAAUACAGAGUUCUAGUGUCUGGUUUGCCUCCUACUGGUAGCUGGCAGGACUUGAAGGACCACAUGAGAGAGGCUGGUGAUGUAUGCUAUGCUGAUGUCUUCAAAGAUGGCACAGGGGUAGUUGAGUUUCUCCGUAAGGAAGACAUGAAAUAUGCUGUAAGAAAACUAGAUGACUCAAAGUUCCGCUCCCAUGAGGGUGAAGCAAGCUACAUCCGUGUGAAGCAGGAUUCCCGUGGAAAGUCUCGUAGUCGAAGCCCAAGCUUCUCACCACGAAGACAAUCCCGGGGCAGCCCCCGCUACUCCCCAAUGCGAUCCAGAUCAAGUUCGUAUUCCCGUGGACGGUCGAGGUCACGCUCCCCAUACUGAGCUAUGGCUUCUCAUUAACCCAUUCACAAUGAUAAAACUGUUGACAUAGCCACACAAUGAUGUAUCAUUUCAUCCAAUUUAUGUUUGUAUGUAUAGCAUCAUCAGCAUUUUUGCCCUCCAAAUUAGCCCCCAAAAAUUGAUCAGAACCUUGAUGUAAUGCCAAACUCAUUUUAAAUGUCCAAUUCUUGAUAUUUUUAUCUCUCCUUCUCCAGAUGCUGAAUAGGAACUAGGAGGCUAACAAACAAAAAUGCUGUAGUCAUGUGAACGAUGGCCUAGGGGAGACAACUCGAGCCUCUCCUAGUGACAGCAGCUAGAGUUAUGAACUUUGGAUAGGACUCAUGGAGAAAAUAGGCAUGGUAUGCUUUUAUGACUGCUAAUGACCAUGCUCUGGUUUACUUUGAGCUACUAUAACUGCUUUACCGCCACCAACUGUGUUUUGUGCAUGAAUAUUUUAUAUCUUUUUAGCUAUUUCUCAAGCAUGGUGAUGGUCCACUCAUGUUCUAGUUCUCUUGAGAAAAAGGUCUAAACAUUGUUUGGUUUGAAAUUGACACUGAAGCACAUCACAAGUUUGUAAGGUGAAACAUUUUGAAGCAAUCAUGGCCUACCCAAAUUUAUCCUGAAUUGAAUUAUGUUGGAAUGACUUAAGGCUGCAGCAUAAUUUUCUACUCAGCUAAUGUACAAGCUCUGGGGCUAUUGCCAAAUUGCUUUGCCCAGAGAGACUUUUAACUGAUUAUGUGUUGUGAAAAGUAAUUUCAUGAACUGUUUUUUUCCUGUGCUAAUAUGUGUUGUCCUUUUCCUUUUGUUCAGUUGGAAACAUAAUGCAUUGACUACGUUGGAGAGAGUAGGAUCCGCGGAUCAAAGGGAAGGAUUAGCAUUUCAUUAGGAGAGGAAACAGGAUACAUAGAAAUGGCUCUUUAGGAUCCUCCCCACGGCUCAUUAGGAUAUCAGGAUAUCAAAAUCUGGAUAUCUGUAGGAAUUCGCUUUGGAACAUAGGAUUUUCCCUCAGUUUGGGAAAAUAAUCCGGAUUUUGAAUAACACGGUCAAGGAAAUAGAACUAAAAAUUGGCAUCCAUCUUUCAGGACAUUUGAAUCAUGGUUUAGACAGGAUUUUAAGCCUCUGGAAUCUUGCCUGAAAAUCUGAUUUUGAAAGUAUCAAAUUACAUGAAAUCAGGAUUUCCAUUAUCUAGGUCAUAUUUGGGAAUCUUGAUUUCAAGUAUUCUGGAAUCAAAGAAUAGGAGGAUACUCUGUGGAUAACUCAAGGGACCCAUGAGGAAUUCACUGUGGAUUUCAGGAGGAAAACGGAAACCCACAGUAAAAAUUUGAGGCCCAUGUCCAUCGUAGGAUUCUAAACGAUAUCCUUUUAACAGAUAUCCUGUUUUCAUCAUAGUUUUAAGAGGAUCUGGAUAAGAUGAAGGCUCUGAAAUCUCACUGGAUUUCAUUACCAUCCUUUCAUAGGAUAUUUUUGCCGUGGACUGGAUGGAUUUUGGAUAAAAUUUAAGGAAGGAUAGGAACAGACAGCAUGAGGAUUAUUAAUGAGAGGGAAGGAGACUGGGAGCAUAGGAACAUUAGAGGAAAGGACAGAGUUUGGAGACCGAAAUGUAAGGAUAGGAUCAGGAUUCGCGCAGAGGAUAUCGAACUAUAAUUCUUGGAACAUCUGCCAGGAGGAAAGCGGUAAGAUUAGUUCUAAUUAUGUACCUUUGUUCAUAUCAGAUAUGUGCUCUUUCACUGAUAUUUGUCACUGGGAGAGCAUGUCUGAAUUUAGCAAUGAUGCAUAACUGAACGAAACAGGAUUGAAUGAAGAUAUAAAUCACAGAAGAUUGGAGGAUCACAAUAAAAAUCGUUUGGAUGGAAUCUGGAAGCUAAAGGGAUGUUACACAACUCAAUUCAAUUAGGAUUAAGUUAACGGUAAGUUAGACAGGAACUGCCAGCGCGAGAGGAAAUUUGUUAAUCGUGGGAUAAUUCAAUGGGUAAGUUUUCCUGUUUACAAUGUUUGAGUCUAAUAUCCAAAAGCCAUUUCUUGACUCAUUUCAGUUGAUCAUCUUGUUUCCUUUCCCACUUCCCUAAACUUGGCACAUUACUCUCACUCAUCUUGAAUGUUGCUUUUCAGGACCAUAAUGUUCUUCAGUUUCUUAUCACAACAGUAUUUUUAAAGAUAAUUACACCCUGAUGAUGUUUUAUGUUUGUCUUGUUUGUAUUAAAUAAAGGAUGCAGAUUUCUUAAAAUC